CUGUGAUAGUACAUCAGGAUUUUGUCAUUCGAACGGUGGUGUGCGAAACAAUCAGCUGUCGCAAUGGUGUUCUAAAAUUUUUGAAAGACAAAAUGAAUUUGUGUGUGUUUUUUGUGUGUUUGUGCAUAAUUAGUGCCGUAAAUGGAUCUGGAAACUCUUUGAAAGAUCCAUAUAUUUGUGGACCACCGUCGUGUGCAGCAUCGGAGAAGUUCAAAUAUCUUGCACAAACAGUAUAUUACUACAGCUAUAAUGUAAAUGUGGAGACAUAUUUUGCUGGGUCUAGCAACAACCGUUCAACAUUGGAUGUAACAGCGGAAGUAAAAGUACAAUUCAUAACUCCCUGUGAAGGUCUGCUACAGCUGCAGAAGAUCACAUUAACUGAUCAAGAUGAAAAUUAUGCUGUUGAGAGAUCUGAAAAGUUUGUACAGGCCGUCUCUCAGUUUGAUCUCAGAUUUGCAUUCCAUGAUGGUGUCAUAUCAGAGAUAUGUCCCAAUCUAUUGGAGGAGGAUUGGGUGCUCAAUUUCAAGAGAGCUAUACUAUCUCUGUUUCAAAACAGCAUGAAGAGAUUUGAUAUAAACUUCAAUGGAUUUGAGCAAGACAUCCAUGGCACAUGUAAUGUGGAGUACACAGUCAGGGGUCAGGAGAACACCAGCUUGAUACUGGUGAAGAAGAGAGACCUUGCCUUAUGUACAGAUAGAUAUAAAUAUAUGUCUAUACUGCAGACUGUCAGAUAUGAUUUUCAAAGUAAAUUCCAAACCUGGCCAGUUCUAAAAUCUGAGAGCAAAUGCCGUAUUUCAGUAGACCAUAACAUCUACAAAUCAGUGAACUGCAGAGAGAGACAUCUCUUUGAACCAUUCUCUGGGAAGAACUCGGGCGCUAUGUCAACUGUCAUACAAGAUUUGGUAUUGAUCAAAGAACUUAAUAGAACUGAUAUUGAAAUAAUGGAAUCACAACCUAAAGCUUGGUUGGUGAUACAGAAACGUUCAAACAUACUUCACCAACAUGUACCAAUGAACAGAGGGGACACUGGUGAACUGAGAUCUGCUAGAGAUGUACUCAAACUACUCUGUCUAGUAAAACAGACAGCUGAGGGUGAAGAGUCAAGCGUGGAUGAGAACAUGGACAGCGGGUCGAUAGUGGGUCUGUGGGGCAGACUGGUGCGCUCCGCCCGCAAGCUGCACCACCCCGCGCUCGCGCAGCUGCUGGCAAGAGCGCCUACCAUAUGUCCUGCUGCCUCUAAACAUAUAUUGGAUGCAUUACCGUACAUAGCGAGUACGGGUUCAGUAGAACUAAUAAAAGACAAGGUGAUAAAUGAAGAUGUUGACAAGGAGACGAGACAUGAAUGGCUCAUGUCUAUGGCUAUGAUACCCAGGCCUAGAAUAGAAAUGUUAAAGAGCAUGUUAGAACUACUGCAGAAGCAAAAGAAUGAUAAAAUCGUCAGUUUUACCGUUUCAUCUAUGCUCCACUCUUACUGCAGGCACAGCGGGAAGUCAUUACGAGAAUGUUGUGAAGAAGAAAUCCCAAAGCAAAUUCUCGAAGAGUUUCAAAAUAUAGUUAUGGAAGUCAUCAGCAAAGGUCUUCCGAACGCCGCACGUGAAGAUAGGAACAAGGUGACGUACGCAAUCAAAGCUCUAGGAAAUAUCGGAGGCUUCAAGUCUGAAUUUGCAGAUGUUCUGAUGAAUGUGAUCGGAGACGCAUUAGUUCCUGUUCCUGUACGACUUACUGCUAUUGAUGCCUUUAGAAGAACACCUUGUACAGAGACAAGGGAAUACUUCUUAGAAACAUUCCGUGAAGAGCUGGUGGAUAUAGAAGUGCGGAUAGCAUCGUAUCUGCAAGUAAUGCGAUGCCCGGAUCUAAAUAUCAUAAGGAGGAUAUUCCACGCACUCAAAAACGAACCCGUUAAUCAAGCGGUAACGUUCGUAUGGAGUCAUCUAAACAACCUAGGUCAAUCAUCAUUGCCCUCCCGGGUAGAGAUCCAAGGUCUGCUGUCAGGGAACACCAUGCCGCGACUAGACGACAGCCCCGACUUCAGAAUGUACUCCAGGAACUACGAACAGAGUAUAUUCUUUGAUCAAUAUAAUGCAGGUGGUAAUUAUGAAGCGAAUGUAGUAUUCUCUCCUGAUUCAUACAUACCGCGCUCUUUGUCACUCAACUUGACUGUUGAUAUGUUUGGCGAAUCCAUCAACCUACUAGAGAUCAAAGCCCGUGGUGAAGGUUUCGAAAAAUACUUCGAAGCUUUCUUCGGUAAGAACGGUCCUUGGAGUAAAACAGAAAUAACAGACAAAAUAAAUAAACUACGUAUAAUGCGGUCUGCAAACGAAGCUGAGGAUUUGAAAGAGAAAGUUGACGGCUUAGGUUAUAAUAAUAAUGCAUUGAAACAUCGAUAUCCAAUGGCGGAGUUAGGAUUGAAAGUGUUUGGGAAUGAAAUAUCUUUCUGGAGUGCUGAAGGUCCGGAUGAAAUUGUCAAGUCUUUAGAAAAAUUGAAUCCUAAGUUGAGAGUACUAGAAAUAUUGUCUGGAAAGGAAAUAAAGUACAAUAAGGCAUCCUUGUUCCUGGACACGACGUUCUCAGUGCCGACUGGUUGCGGGCUGCCACUCAAUAUGAACCUGAUGGGCACCAGCUACGUGGAUACAAAGAUGUCGGGCACUGUUGUGGAUAGAUUCGAGCAAGCUGGCAAUCUAGACUUCGCUGGUAUGAUUAGACCUAGUGUUGCGGUGAACAUAGCUGCAACAAUGGGCGUGGUGGCGGUCUCGCUCAGCUCCAGCGCGGUACGACUGAGCGCCCGCCUGUACACCGCCACUGCGCUCGAGGCUAAGCUCAGUCUGCGCGGACUCAACGUCGGUAGACUGGAUCUAUCACUGCCCAGGGAUAAGCAGGAGAUAUUUGCCGCUAAGUCAGAGCUGGUGAUUUUACACGGAGAGCGAGAGCUGCAGCAGCCGGGGCUGAACCGCAACCGCAUCGCGCGCAGCACCUGCAGCUGGACUACAGUAGACCGCGCUAUAGGCAUUAAACUCUGCGCUGCUUACCAGUUCCCGAACAUGACGAAUUUACACAACGCACCAUAUUUCCUUAUGAGUGGGCCGGCUAAGUACAUCCUGUCACUGGAAAAGGCGGACCCAUCUGCCAAAACAUAUGCAUUCCAAUACAAAUGGCAGAAAAAUGACACCGCUAAUGUUAUUGGUUUCUCUUUCGACACUCCAGAUAGCAAAGAGAAACGAAUGAUAGAUGCAUCAAUGAUAAUAUCAAAUACGAGCACAUCCGCAUCUUUGAGUCUACAAUCCGCACGCAGUACUCUCAGAGCUCGCGCCCUCUACCGGAAUUUACCUCACGACAAAUCUCUUCAAGCGAGUCUUGAUGUAGACGGACGUAAGCAAUUUGAUACAACAAUGUCUAUCAAACGACAUGAUAUCAAGUAUGGAUAUGUCUGGAUACCACAUGCGUAUUGGGUCAUCAAUAAUGAAACUAUUGCUGAACUUUCCGGUACCGUGAAAGUGAAAACUAAAGGCGGAGUCACACAAUGGGAUAUCACCACGGACUUUCAGACAAGACAACUCGCCAGUCGUUUGAUUGGCUACUAUACUUUGAACGGACCAACUCACGGCGCGAAGUUGCAACUCGAUUAUGAGUUUUAUAGGAAUCCUAAGCAGACUAUUAGGUUGGAAGGUGUCUAUAGCGAGCGAGUACUCGGCUAUAGACACGACCUUUAUGGAGAGUUGUCUAUGGAUUUCACUGCGUAUCCGGGAUACAACUUUUACGCUGUACUCAGGAAUGUGAAAACACAAAGCCACAUCGACAUUGGCUUCAACGUGAGUGCGUCCCGCCAGCAAAAGUUGGACCCGGCAUUUACAGUGACAUUCAAACGUAUAGACAAACUGAGCGGAGUGAAGUUAGCUGCAGAACUUGCUAUGACACGACCACCUAGACCUAUACUGAUGAAAUUUAACUUUGAAGAGACAGGACCAAAGUACUCAGCUCUAGCGGUACUGAACUUCAACCCGAAGUCUCGUGAGAUCGUACUAUCUGGGUACGUGUUCGCACCCGCGGGCUCGCAGCUGUAUGUAGACGCGGAGGCGAACAUCACAUUACCCACGCUACACCCUUGUACAUUGCGCGCCAAGCUGCAUGAAAAACAACCAAAUGAGUUUCAGCUAAACGCCGUGGGUAUUUGGUUUACCGGUGUGGACUUCAACGUAGACGCGCUGUACCAGGACCAAUCUAAGACCAAUCUAGCCUCGCACCGCGUCAAACUGAUACUGAACAGUAGCCAUUUCAAAGAUAUAUUGGUGGAUGCACGCUUCACCCAGGACAACCGUCAGAUUACAUUUAUUGGACAGGGGGAGUACAACACAGCGAGUUAUCGUGCGUUAGUACGUCACGUGUCAGUAGCUGAGCAACGAUUCAGUACGUACGGGGAGGUGGACGCCGCCGGUCGCGCAUACAGCCUCACUCUGAACGCCGACCUCAACAAUAACACUGAUGUCAGCGCACAUCUUCACUUUGAUCAAUUACGUGACGUAGAAAUAUCGUACCAGCGUUCAAGCACGGAACUACAGAAGCGUCUUAGCGCAUCAAUAAACUGGGACGCGAACCGCGACCCCUCACAGAAGCUGAGCGUGGACGUGCAGCUGGACAACAAGGGGAGAUGGCACCGCGCCGGACACAUCGCGCUGUACUACCCCGGCAGAGUUGUAAAUGGAGAGUUUGACUUCUUACUUAAAGAUUGGUUCUGCGAAUGGCACGUGCGCAUGGGGUGGGCGAGUGACGCGACAGUAUUGUGGCGGGUCAAGAUGUACUCUGAAGCGCGGGAGGAGACUGUGUACGCGCUGCUCUCCAGUCUGGACACGCCCUUCGCCGGCUGGCACGAUACCAGCUUCAAUGUUAUGUGGCGUUACCAAGACAACCUACAAGCACUGAACGGCAGCAUGAAGUGGCAAGAAGACUAUCUGGCGUUCAAUCUGCUCGCUGACUACAUGUUCAAAGCUAAUGAGUUCUAUGGUGAGCUGAGCGCGCUCGUCAACUCCACUAUACCCACGUUACCUCGAGCAGCGGCUAUAGCACGGCAUAGAGCGGUCUGGAAGAAGAGUGCGGACACUUUACUUAGUUUUCAGUACAAUGAUGAAGGAAAGUUGAUGAUUAAUUCCUCGUGGAAUCUGGAAAGAGGUGAAAAGGAGAAUAACAUCACAGGCAGAGUAACUCUCGUUACUCCAUUCCAGGGCUACACAAGUGGAUUCCUCCGUACAGAAUUCGUACUCGGUCACAAGAGAGACAUCAAAGGCAUUACUUAUUUAGAUUUGGAGGAGAAAGUCGUCAAAAUUUAUGUUGAUGGUCAUAUGCGACGCAUAACUAACUGUAUGUUAGUAGUCAACGUGACAAGUCCCGCCAGUGAGAUGUCCCGCAUGGCCGCACGCUUCGGCUUCGUAGAGCGUGACAGGCAUCUAGUCGCCAUGGUCGUCACGCCGAAUUCUACUACAGGCAUUGAAAUCUUGCUGAAGCUGGUUACGAUGCAAGAUUUCCACGUGUUCGGUCACAUCGCAUUGCCCAUACAGUACCUCAACCGCGCCAUGAUCACCGCAAAGCGCGCGCCCCAAGAACUGGACUUCCGCGUGGGCUGGUCAGAAAUGGACUUCGGCUUCACAGGGAUAUGGCAAUGGCGUUCAGCACUCGAUUUUGUAUACGUAUACAAAUUGUAUACGCCUCUAGACGGCUUCGAAGAGAACGGAUUAGUACUUAAAAAUAUCUUCGGUGUAAAUACUGGCGGUGGAUUGGAUACUGAGUUGUCUAUGAGAUUGUCUAAACAUAAGUUUGGUAUAGCAAUGUUAUUGGUAGACAAAGGUAAAGGUUUGCUAGACGUGAUAAAAGACCACUUCCAACACAAGCCGAGUGACCCGGACAUGUUCGUGGAGAACUUUGAUACAACGGCCAAUGUAGUACUUGACACAUUGUACUAUCCUACGAUCACAUUCCACGCGCACAUGAUGAAGUUUGUGGGGCCUGAUGAAGAAGACAUAUUGGAAGUCAACGCAACCUUACAUUUGCCGAACAAAACACCUAUCAUUCUUACUGAUGUAUUCGUCUUGGAGACUUACGCAGAAAUGCGUAACACGCUUAAUUUAAUUACACCAUUCCAAGCUAUUAAAGAGUUAAAGUCGGUUUACACGGUGGACAUCACGAUAGGACAGAAGUUCAACGUGACAUGUGUCGCUUUACUAUAUAACGGCACAUACUGGCAUGAGAUCUCAUAUAAAAUUCUAUAUGAGCACGAAAGCGGCGAGGAUGACGCGUACCAGUCGUACUUAGCUUCAGUAGGAAUAGCAACCCCACUGGCUGUGUUGCCCGGCCUCGAGGCACGCGUUUCUGCACGACUUGAGGACGCGCUGUGGAAGAUGGCCGCAGAUAUCAGCAUGCCCUCCUUCACUGUUAACGCACUCGCACGACUAGAGUUGGACGAUCCAUUCAUAGAGACAUCGGGAAGUCUGAAUCUCACGUCUACAUACUUGGAGGAUUACUUCAUCAAGAUGGAGUUCAAGAAAGACUUCUCGGACGUGGAGAGUGUAAUGGGCGGCGGUAUACAGAUACAGCAGGGAAAUUAUAAUAAUUAUUUAUUCGCGGACGCAGUAUGGCGGCCAGCUCCGCGUCACGUGCGGUUCAAAGCACGAGGUGCGCUCGUCCCCGUACUGGAGCCGUCAGACAUCGCGCUGCAGUACAGCGAAGAAGGUGGACAGAGGACAUUGAUUGUGGACUUUAAUAACCAAGACAGUUAUUACUCGUUGAAAGCGGAUCAACGACCGGCAUCGCUUAGUGUCGCGCUUAGUAGCCCUCAUAAAGGAUUCAGAGCAAUGAAGAUAAUAGCAGAGUUCGAGAAGGAUGACAUCCGAGGUUCAUUCGUGACUGACACCACGGAGUAUGGCAUCAGUGGUAAAGUCACCAACAGGCAGCCGCUAGAGAUGUCUCUAGUCCUAGUACCGAAAGGUCAAGGUCAACAGAUCCGUGUACGUAUGAAGUUCGAAGCUACGCACACUGUAUACGGCCUGUCAGCACACAUCGCAGGUGGAAAUGUACAGGCUACUGUUCACGCUAAAGCCGAGAUGGAGGCUAACUUUACUGAUAUUUAUUUAAAAGUAGAUAUGCCACAAGUGCAAGGCAAGGAGAUAUACUUGAAGUCUCGUGUGGAUGCGUACCCCGGACUGCGGCGUGUGCUCAACGUGCAGGCAGCCACGCCGCUCAAGAAACUCAGCUUCCUAAAAGGAGAUACUGACUUUGAAUUUGGUCCGAAGACUGGAUACUUGUUAUGUAAAUACGAAUUGCCUGAUAUGAAGGGAGAGGGCGAUCUCAAGUGGAGCUUCCUUAUUGGAGAUUUAUACAUUACGGCAAUAGGGCAGCAAUUAGUAAAGCAGAUACAAAGAAGUGUCGACUUAGACAUCUUCUUUGGUAAUAAUACAUCUUCCAGCGGACUGGACACAACUGAGGCUGGUUUUAGAAUGGAUCUAGAUAAAGUUUGGCAAAUCGGUGGUAACGCAUCCUACGGCUACAUAGUAAACAAACGUGUUAACCUAGUUAUCAACGCGAUAUUACCUAAACCCAACGUGGACGUCCACACGUUGUAUAUAGACGGUGAUAUUGGUACUGAUGACACACCAGAGAAAGUAUUACUUGCUGAAUACAGAACUGAUGUCACUAAAAUACUUACAAGUGUUAAAGGAAAGAUCCUAAACAAAGAGGAAAGUCUAGAUGCCAACGCAAUAUUAACUUGGACAUCUAACUCUGAGUACAAGAAUGUAGACAACGUGUUGUCAUACAAAUGGGAUGUGAACGGCUCGAAACAUGUUGACUAUACUCUCACAACACCUAUUUAUAAAGAACCAACGUUUAAUAUCAAAGGAUCUUAUCAACAAGACAUGAUACAUAACUAUCAAGUUCUCAAGGGCACAAUGUACAGUCCGGGACACAGUCAGAUCGGAGAACUGGAUUUAAGGUACGGCGGCGCGCAGCAUACAGACGGACAUUUUAAUUUCUCUACGCCAUUCAAACGAUUGCCCUGGCUCAAGUCUAUAUUUGAUAUCAACAAUUUAGAAGAAAAGUCAGAUAACAAAGUAGACUUAUUCUGGCCAAAUAAAACUGCAUCAGUGAACACAUCUCAUGUUUACACUAAACAAGAGAAUGGUUUCACACAAACUGGAACAAUAUCACUUUCAGUUCCAUUGAGCAGUCAACAUUUAGUCAAUACCGAGUAUUAUUAUGUACAAGGUGAUAAAGCAAGCAAUGGAAAUGCUACAAUUGACUUCGAUCAUGAACGAUUCGUUAAAGGUUCCUUCGUUCAAGUGUUAAGUAAGAGUGAAAGGAAUUUGGACCUUGCUACCACUGACAUAGAGGUGGAAAAUGUACAUACACCAGUCGGUGUUAAAUAUAUACAUGAGUUCGAUAGUACAGGAAACAUCGACGUAAAACAAGCAACAGUAUUCCACCUACAAAAUGCUACAAAGUUCAACGUGACUGGCAAACUGGAUGUCUUUACAUAUAACAUUGGUAAGAAGUUGAAGCUGACAGUGAUGCACGGCCAGCGUACGUGGAGCUUCGAUAACAAGUAUGAGGCUCUAGAGAGAGAGCUCACCCAAGCUAGCCGCGUGCAGUGGGCUGAGGAUGUAUGGAUACAAUAUGAUGUACACGUUACUAAUAUGAGUGUGGAGGACACAGAAAGCCAGCAAAUACUACUAAACGUACAAUAUCCGCUGCGUACAUUCUCACUGGACGCAUUAUACCGUCUGCAAGAAGCACUACUGGAAGGUCGCGCGCAGCUGCACUGGGACGUGCGCGGAGACAACAAGAGUGCGGAGCUCUCCGCACUCUGGGACACGCCCCCCGCAGACACCGACUCCGACACCGCGGUACACAACGUGCAUCUCGCUCUCUCACAUCCUUCAUUCAGGAAGGAUGUGGUGCUAAAAGGUCAAUAUCUAGCAACACCAGCAGUCAUGUCAAACAUAUCUGUGGAAUUGCAAUACUCCGACUACGAGACGGAAUAUCUGAAACUACAUUCAAUAUUAAUGGAUAACUCUAACGGACCAAUACGUGAUUACAAAUUCGCUCUAACAUGUACACAUCCGUCUACAAACUUAGCUCUAGAUGUGAAAUCUGAUAUAAAUAUACAUAGUAGAUGGUACUAUUUGGAGACAUUUUAUAGAUUUCAGAAGUCAUUGUUCUAUGAGAAGUUGAGACGGAACAAAAUGUUAAUCGAUUUGAAUACAAGCGCUGUUAAUUGGGAGCGCGCUAACGAGACAUAUUUCUACAAAGUGAACGGCUCAUGGGAGCUGAUGUAUCCUGCAUACAAACUGAAAGGUCUUGUGUUACAUCCUGAGGGCAAUGACACCGCGUACGCAGAGUUAUCUAUGACAAAUAAAUCAUUAAUCGGUCAUUAUAAUAGUACUAAUGAUAUUUCAUACCAUUUAAUUGGAAAAAUCGUCGACACGAGAUCCGCGAAACUGAACGCGUGGCGUGACUUUGAUGACGUCACCACUGUCGACCUGGCUUCAUACAUUCGCUUGAACCAUUCUAGACUUCUAACCAGCUCCGUAGUAUGGCGGCCGCAGAUAUUCAGCGAAGUUAAAUCCCAAGCUGUCUACACUCUAAAAUUACUUUACGCUCAAAUCAAUGAAACCCUUAUCAUUAUAAAGGAAGCACCAAUGGAAGCACAUCUUGCUUUAAGAGCUAUAUGGGUAGAUGCUAAACCGAGAAUUAGAGAUUUCCUCGACGAUUUGAACGAUUUACACGUAAUUAAAGACGAUUUGGAUGAAUUUGAACGAUUUUUAAACGAAUCUUAUGAUAAUAAUGAUUUUUAUGUCAAAGAUAUAGUCGAAUUCACAUAUUACGUGCUCGAUGAAAUGGCUAUAAGAAAUCAUUUGGAAAGUUUGCCCGGUUUCGUUAAUGACAUGUGGGGAAUGAUGGGCAAUACAAGUCAAUCUAUAAAACAAAGUCUUACUUAUGUUGUUGAUUCAAUCAAAAUGGCGUAUUCAAAUUUCUUAGAAUCGGCAAAUAAGAUAUUAGAAGCGGAUUUCAUGGAAUUAGUGUCUGGGAAAUUGGAAACGAUGAUUUUACAAUAUGAUAACUUCGUAAGGGAUUUACAUAUGAGGUUCUUAGAGUACUGGGAGGUUACUUGGGUGAAUGCGACAAACAGACUGUCAGUUUAUUGGCAUGAUUUACUAAAAUCUAUAGAACCGUUGUUUUUCAAAGUGUUACAUUAUACGGAGUCAUUUGUGUUUACUGUAUGGAAAGGUCUUAUGGAUUUCUUCUAUAAUAGGACUCAAGAAUUAACAGAUUCUCCUUAUUUCAAUUAUGUAUCAACAUUUGGACAUGAAAUGGACCGAAUAUACAAAGACCUCGUGAACAAUGAUUUGAUAACGAACAUAAAGAAAUAUAGCAAGAAACUAUGGAACGUUGUCUGGGAGAAAAUGGAGAAAUACAUUCCGUUUAAAGAUGAGUUCAAACAACUGUACGCAGAGUUUAGGAACGCUUGGGAAAACUUUAUGAAGACACCGCAAGUUGUAUAUGUCAGAGAAAAGUACAAGGAGGCGUACGAGCGUCUGAAGUGGUGGUACGAUUACUUCAUGCUGGGUGAGGCGCUGCAGCGAGCCGGCAGCGUGCUCUACGCCAAGCUCACUGACAUGGCCAAGACUGCGCUCCAGUAUGAGGAACUGCAUCGUACACCUAAAACAAACUUCAUAUUCGAUCCUCGUAAAGGCGAGAUACGUCUUGAACAGAAGCUGCCGAUGUCAUGGCACGCGUUCAACCGCACGCCUGACUUCUCUGAGAUAUCGGAGUACCGCGCUGUACGAGAUUUCCUUGACGACUGGAUUACUUCUAACAGAACUAUAUGGUCAUAUUACUAUGAGAUAAGACCAUAUAUGGAUUUGAAUAAUGUUAUGCCACCCUUCGCAGGUAUGGCAAUGAUGACGGGUCAAGGUACACUGGUGACGUUCGACAAGCAAGUCCUCACUAUAACAGAGACGGGCACCUUCCUACUGGCCAAGGACUACAGGCAGAACAACUUUACCGUACUGAUGCAGAGCAACGAGCACGGACUGUACGACCUUGUUGUACUGACUAACAGACAUUUGAUAUACGUUGAUUUGUAUAAAGAGCAAGUAUCACUCGGACCUGACACUCCACUCAGUCUGCCUGCUGUAGUAGAAGAUUUCAUAGUGCACAGACAGACAGACCUGCUGAUUGUAGAAGGGCAGAGCGGACUUGAGAUACAAUGCAAUCUGUUGUUCAGAACGUGCAAGCUGCAAGUCUCGGGUUGGCACUACGCAUCACUGGGCGGAUUACUCGGCACCUACAACAACGAGCAGUACGACGAGCGUCAGUUACCGGAUGGUACCCUGCGUGCUGACGUCACACAGCUCGCGACCGCCUGGCGACUGCGCCCCGCCCCCUCGCCCGCAGGCCCCGCCCUCCGCGUCCGCCCCCAGGACAACGACACGCAAUGCGACAAGUUCUUUAGGAAUAAAGUCUCGCCGUUGCAUCCCUGCUUCUCUGUGAUCGAUGCUCAACCGUUGUACGCGGAAUGCGUGCGCGGAGUGGACGCGUGCGCGCUGGCGAGCGCGUACCUAGAGCUGUGCUCACAGCAACACGUUCCAACACAUAUACCCGACCAUUGCGUACAAUGUACGACAAGCCAAGGCGAUGUGGUAGAGGAAGGAUCAUUCGUGCAGUUGGACCAUCCGCCUAACUCUACAGAUGUGGUGUUCAUCAUAGAAGCACAGUACUGCAACAGAAAUCUGCGGAAAGCGAAGAAUAUUGAUCUAUUCAUAGAGGCAUUUGAUAGUAAAUUACAAGGCAAUGGAUUCUCUGAUAAUAGAUAUGCAGUAGUUGUGUACGGCGGGAGUGGGGUGUACCGCGAGCCGCGCGCCCUCUACGUUGACAACCAACUAUUCGCGGAUGCUGUUGAUGUACCACGCCACUUUGAUGCCUUCCACAUCGAUAAAGCGGACUCAGUACGUAACGAGAGCUCUUGUCGUGCGGACGCAUUUGCCGCGCUGAGGUUCGCCAGCGCACUCCCAUUGCGUCCGGCGGUUCCACGCGCACUCAUCUUGCUGCCUUGUGACCGGUGUGAUGCCGCGGCUAUGUCGCUCGACUAUUCAACGAUAUACCACAAUCUGAUGGAGAACUCCGUCACUUUACACAUUCUUAUGAACGAUGAGUUCACAUUGUCCAAGAAGAGGGUCGCUAAAUAUUUGUUUGGUGUGGACAGUACAUUAGCAUACACCAACAAAGACUAUGAACGUCUGGUCGGUGACUUCGGAUUAAGAAAACAAGUCAAAUUGCCUAAAGACAAGCUCGGAGUCUGCAUCUCACUUGCUAUGGAGACCAAUGGCACAGUAUGGGCUGGUGCUAAGCUAUCCGGAGAGCGCGGUGCUGCACGUCGCUUCGCUACUGUAGUGGGGUCGCGUGUGGCGCGCUCCGGCCGCGCCUGCGCAUCCGCGCGCUGCGAGUGCCGCGCCGCAAGGCUGCACUGCAGACCUUGUAGACCUGAUAGAGAUCCUUUGGAGUUAUCGUUCUGGAACACGGAGGACAUCGACGAGCUGAUAGACCUCGCCAUGGAUCCACCAAACCUGCCAUCGUUCAGAUGACGCGCACAAACACGCCCUGUAAAUAUCCUAGUUUCAAUUCUAGUAGUUUGAUUAUUGUAAUAAUAAAGUAUUUUUUACACAA